AUGGCCUCCGGGACUUCUCCGUUCAGUGGGGCGCCCCCGGAGUUUCUGCAGGCCCGGAGGCCUGGCAUCUACGAAGACGAGAACGGGAGGACCUGGGUGGCGGUGGUCAUUCGGCUCGGUCCCUCCCAGAGAGCUCUGAGCAGUGUCUCCCCAAGCAUCGCAUGGGAGUCCAGCAUCACAGUCCACCUGUGGCAGAUGCCAGUGCACCCCCAGGAACCCAUGCCCCCCAGCCAGCUGAGCCUGUCCCGGCUGCCCUUCAUGUGGCUUCUGUACUCCAGAAAAAAGUACAAAGCGGCGGAUACCAGGUUCUGGGAGAUAGCGAGCCAUGGCCAGGUCGACUCCAUAGAGGAGCUGGUCCUGACACGGCUGCCGUGGGAGAGUGGCUUGACCCCAGAGAGUGGCUCCUAG